UGUGAAUAUAAUAAAAGCAAAGGGAACGAGCAAUAAGAAUUCUAGCCGGUGACAAAGCUUACUUACACAGAAUUAUAAACAAACUUGCUUCGAUCUUUCUAAUUCACAUGGUCAGAGAUAUCUUCUUUCAAGCCUAUGGCGUUCAAACUCCCAGCGGUGCUCCAGCCAAGCAUAUCAAGGAUGUGAUGAUCGCUGGGCAUCAAGCAGGAUAUCGCUCAUGCAGCUGCAGGAAGAAGACCGAUCAAACUUCAUCUAAGGCUGGUUCUGCUUCUGCAACAAGUAGCUUGACUUGUCGACACAUCCCUAGAGCUAACAUUACUCUGCAGCAACAAUUGAUCUAUCAUCAUAUUCUUCCUACAAGUGUCUCAACUGUCCCUCAUUCAGUGACCAAGUUCUUGAACCUCAAACAUGAAAUCUCUGGGAGCAAACAGAUGGCUGGAUAUGUACCCCGUACAGGCUCCGACCAUCGCAUUCUCUUAGUAGCAGGUGAUAAUGCUUCAUAUCUCUAUCUUGCGGUUGGUACACAUGUCCAUGGACAUUCCCGUACUCUGUACAUACAUAAGAAAUAUAACCCAGGGACUCCGGGCAGUCAUAACUCGAUCUUGGCGGCAUCUGCAAGCCCUGGACGUCCGCAAGUGUGCAGGCUCAUCACAUCAUUGUUGCUUGCCCGAAAACGCCUGCAUAAAUCGUUUUUCAGUAAUCCGUACUCCGUACACCAGACGAGCGACACCGACUGGGCAGUUUCUUAUCAACCCGCCCAGUAACGAAAUGCGCAAUAGUUGCCAAGAGAGCCAAGUCGAGAUUGAAGCUGCUAAUUAGCAGCGUCAGUAUUCCAUCCCCCGGCCAUAACUAACUGAUUGAGUCUCCUCAAUUGCAUACUCAAUCUCAAAUAUCCUCCACAGCAAGGCGUGGGCUGCGAAUAACAACAAUCGGGAAAGCUUGGGCAUCGGGAAAUGUAUGUGUAUCA